UGCCGGGAGGGGGCGGCAGAGUUCUUACCUUGCUUGCACCUGGUGGAUGGUUGCUUUGUAUAAGGCUUGAGGGACAAAGGCUUUGCCGCCAAGAGGUCUGUCGAGCGCUUCGAAAGGGUGGACGAGAAGCUGUGCCAAGGGUUUUUUGGGACCAGCCCAGACAUUUCCUGUGGCUUGCCUUCCUGUUCUGGCCACAUCCUUCUUCGGGCUGUGGUAGCAUCGCCCGGCGAGUGUGGGUUGCGGAGCUUUGCGGGCUGCCUACGAGAACUUUGGAGGUCCAGAAGGCGCAGCUGAAGACAGGGCAGGAUCACGUGUGAGGCAGCAGGGUGCCAUCAGGCAUCAAAAAGCCCUUCAACAGGCAAGGAAGAUGGCCUGGAGGCUGUCUUUUCUGCAUGCAACGUGGCAGGAAGGAUGCCACUAGGACCUGAGUUGAAGUCCUGUGGUGGCAUGAUAGAGCCUGCCACCACUCCAGCAGUGCCACCAGCAGCCAUGUCUGGAGCAGUUGGAUUUGCACCCUUGGAGUUCCUCAUCACCCUGCUGAUCAACAUCAGCCGCAUGGACAGCGAUGGCUUCUUCGAGCAGCCCGUGCGCGAGGAGGACGCUGCAGGCUAUUAUGAUGUUAUCAAGCAGCCUAUGUGCUUCCAGCGCAUGAAGGAGAAGCUGCGCGGGAGGGAGUACCGCACAUGGAGAGGACUUGUGGCGGACUUUGAGCUGAUCUGCAGCAAUGCCAUGACAUACAAUCAGAAGCGCAGUCGGGUGCACAAGAGUGCGCUGUCAAUGCUGCGUGCUGGCAAGAAGCAGCUUCAAGCGGCUGAGCUGGAGGGCAGGAAGGCCAUUGCUCUCUUGCAUCCCGAGGGCCCCACAGCCGCAGCUGCGGAUGAAGCUCGCGAAGCAGCAGAGGCAGAGCUAGCAGCUGCUGCGGCUGCGCGCCAUCCUUCCAAAGUGGCCAAAUUGGCCCUGCGCCAGGGAUCUGUCAUGAGCGAGGCGCCAUCUGGCACACCCAAGACAGGGGCAGGCAUGACACCUCGUAUGGGAUCCUCUGGUUUCCUGGGAGCUCAGCAUGGCGUUGCAGCAGAGACUCCCUCGUGCACAGAUGCAGAUGAUUUCCAGUUUGACAUGCACAGCGACAGGGACGAAGGCUACAGCAGCUUCUCUGGCUCUGAUGCGGAAGAUGCUGAUGGCGCACCGGCGGCAGCCUCGUUCUGGCUCCCGCACGUGGCCUCCGUGGUGGAUGUGCAGCCCUGGCGAAAUGAGCCCGGCAGUGCAGGUCAGCCACAUAGCAGCAGCAAACGGUCCAGCGCAUGGAAACACCGGCGGCGGAAGACGGAGUGGAAGGCCCGCUGGCUAGAGCUGCGGCUGAGGGAGCUGCGGCAUCAGCAGGCGCAGUAUGAGGAUCAGCUGUCAGCUCUGCGGCAAUCAGCUGCGGUCGGGGCCAGCACUCCCGCCAGCCCCCUGGAGCCAACGUCUGAGCCGGCCGCCGAGCCAGCCGGCCAGCCGGGAAGCGACGCACCCGCUGUCUCAGCAAUGCAGCAGUCAGACGUUGCUUUGGAGGAGGCACGGAGCAGCGUCCCGCAGGCAGCUGGCACACCCAAAUGGGCUGCAGAAGGACAGGGUGGUGAUCGCGAUGGGCUGCCAGCGCAGCACAGGCGCAGACACGACAGGCAACAGGCGAAGGAGCUGGCAGCCCCCACUCUCCUGCAGCACCCCUUCUUUGCAGCUUUGGCAGGAGUUCGCAGCUCAAAGCAGGAGGUCGUUAUGGACAUCUCGCAGCAUGAUUUGCAAGUCGAGCAUGAGACCUUCCCAGCGUGUACCUAUGCUGCACUUGAGUUCUGCCAAAGGCACUUGGCAGCGGUGAAGAAGCAGCUCGAGCAGCAACCUGGGCAGCGGCAGCGGCCGCAGAAGAGGGUUGCGCCGCCGCCCAAGGCACGAAAAGGAGGGGCGCUGCCGGGAAUGCGCAGCAUGCCGACGCGGCAGCGCAGCGUUCUAGGCCUGGCCACCAAGCCCUCCCUGGAGCGCUGCACCAGCGCCAAGCGCCGCCGCAACGACUACGACUGCAGCGACAUGAUCAUGCCCCACAUGUCCGGCUCUGCCGGCCCCAAAUUCGUCGAGCGCGUGCAGGUGGCGGAGAUCAACACGCCACAGGUGCGCAUGCUGCCCGACGGGGAGCUGAUGCAGCGGGAGGCGGUGGUGGCGGCGUUCCGGUGCCACCUCAAGUCACAGGGGCAGGUGCAGAUGCCAGACGAACUGCGCGACGUGCUGCAAGGGGAGCCCGGGGAGGGCAGCAGCAGCGAGGACACCUCUGACGAGGCCUACAUGGCCAGGCACCGGCCGAGGGAGGACGAGGAGCGGCAGCGGUUUCUGGGCAUCCCUGGCGGCGGGGCUCAGAAGCGCAACCUGGACGACAAGGGCAAGGCGCUGCAGUCGCAGAAUGGUAAGCUGCAGCGCAACAGCAGCUUUGCAGCCGUGGACUCGGCGAACAAGCAGCAGCCGUCCCCCUGGCAGCAGCAAACACCUGGCAGCAGAGCACCUGCAGUUCAGCCCACGCCAGCUCCCCAGGCAUCUGAUCAGCCCGAUCAGGCGCAGGUGCAGAGACCCGCCUCCGCGUCCCUUGCAGAGCAGCAGGUUGGCAUGGUGACCCCGCAGUCUGCGCUGGCCCUGCUGCAGUACCUCACACCCGUCCAGGCCGCCACUCCCAUGGAUGUGGAUGGAGCUGCGGCGCUGGCAGCUCAGCAGAAGAGCAGUAGCGGGCCGCUGCGGCGAGGCCGGCCACCCGGCAGCAAGAGCAAGCGCAAGCUGAGCAACGGCCGGGGGCGCGGCCGUGGCAGGGGCCGGGGCCGCGGCGGCAGGGGCGCGUGCAAUGGCAACGGGGUUGCAGAGCACGCCGAGCACUCCUCGCCGGGGCAUGCUGCAGAAGAGGAUGAGACUCCAGAGAGCUCUGUGGAUGGCGAUAAUGAGGACUCCACUGAAAUGGCCGCAGGCUGACCGUUGCGCGCCAGGGUGUUUCUCAAUUCGCAAGGCGAAUGGGGGUUGUGAUGUCCAUCAUUUGCCGAUUGGGCAUUGCAGCAGGCCUCAGGAAAGUUUUGGGCAUGGCAGGGCACCAAGAUGUGUCUGGUGGCCUUCCAUGAGCAAGGAAAUCUAGGGCACGCAAAGGUUCACUGGGCGUGCGGAGAAUGUGCGCACACAAACUAAUGGUGUGCAUAUCGGGGCUGCAACAUUUUAGAUGCAAUUGCCCUGCAUGUGCGUCCAGGUCUCGCCAUUUGAGCACCAUGUCAGUUAUUCCAGUGUACAUUACUCAUUGAGGUUUCAGGUGCUUUGGCGGCCAUCGGUGGUUUUGAGUGUGAAAGACUGCUUGUCAGCAGUCCUAGGGGUGUCAGGCUGGCACACGCGUGCUGUUUUGCUUUUGUAUGUGAUUUGAUUGAGUGCCACAAUUCUUUGUAUCUUCAAAGUCUGAGUGUUCCGGUGUCCACCUUGGACUGUUCCUAGAUGCCCUGCAGAAUUGUCUAAUGCGAGAGUGCCCUUGAUGAAAGCUUGUUAAAUC